AUGCACUCUGUUGCUGAUUCGGUUUCUAGUGUAUUCUCCAAGGGUGCGUUUCCUGAGGUGUACGUCCCUACCGUAUUCGAGAACUACGUCGCCGACGUCGAGGUUGAUGGUGAGCGCGUUGAGUUGGCCUUGUGGGAUACGGCAGGACAAGAAGACUAUGACCGCCUCCGUCCCCUCUCCUACCCUGGCACCCACGUUGUCCUGGUCUGCUUCGCCAUCGACUCACCUGAUUCCCUCGAAAAUGUUAAACAGAAGUGGGCUCCGGAGGUCUCUGGCUACUGCCGGGGAGUGCCCGUCAUCCUAGUUGGUUGCAAGAUGGAUCUGCGAUUCGACCAAAAGACGCUUGCGGAGCUGAAGAAAAUUGACAAGAAACCCGUCACUCCUGAGGAGGGAGAGAAGAUGCGAACGUCCAUCAACGCCCGCAUAUACCUUGAGUGCUCAGCAAAGAUCAACCAGGGUGUCCGUGAGGUAUUCGAGAGUGCUACCAGGGCUGCUCUUCUAUCUCGACCUCACGAGAAGAUGCGAAAGUGUGCCGUUUGUCCGGUUCUAUAA